GGGGAGAGCCGUAUCGUGGACCAUUAGUUUGAAGCUACCACGACUUUUGGCGCGAUUUGUGUGGAACUAAACAAGCUAUUCGCCGCUUGUCGGAUUCAGGCACCGUUCACGGCUGACCGUCGAGCCGACACUACCUUCACUAAAAUCCCAAAUUCACCAAUCUUUCCAUUUCACCUCACACUGAUUGAAUCCCUUGAAACCUGCAGAUCGCCGAUCCGACCAUCUGUUGCCGGAAUCUGAAUUCUUACUACUUCCGUUCUUUCUAAAGCCACCGUCGCCACAAGCUUCCUUGGCCGGAGGUUAGCCUAAAUUCGGAUUCAUACUACUUCCGUUUACUUUGGAUUGCUUACCGAGCUCUUUUUUUCCUGACUCAAUCCGUUUUAGUCAAAGAAUCGAAGAGUUCUUCAUUUGUCCGAUUGUUUUAGAGUUCGUUUUGUAUGCAUCAGAGAGUAAAAGUUGGUGUGUAGGCUUACGACCAGUGGCGGUAUAGUGCAUUCCAGUUGUGGGUUAGGCAGCUGGGAGGUGAAGGUUUGGUAUUAAUGGCUAGUCCUGUGGAUAACCUACACCCUGAUAUUCGUCGUAUAAAGGGAGAUGGUCAGCAAGCUGAGGAUAAAAACCAGCAUGUUGAGAAAGAGGGCGGCCUGAGUGGUGGUGAGAGGGACAUGGCUCCGGUUACUGGCAAUUCCAUCCAUAGGUCUGGUUCUCGCCCACAGCUAGACCUCAGUAAAGCUGCAAUUCAGGGCAAUUUCGAGGAGAGAGACCCUACAAUUCUUCUGCCUAACCAAUCUGAUGAUAUAUCUCACCUGGCUCUUGAUAUCGGCGGAUCUCUCAUCAAAUUGGUUUACUUUUCAAGGCAUGAAGAUCAAUCGGUUGAUGAUAAGAGGAAGAGGAGCAUGAGGAAGAGGCUGGGGUUUUCAAAUGGUAAUAGAAGAAGUUAUCCAGUUCUUGGUGGGAGGCUUCAUUUUGUGAAGUUUGAGACAUGCAAGAUUAACGAGUGCUUAGACUUCAUCCAUUCCAAGCAGCUACAUCGUGGUGCUAGCAACAAUUUACCUCGUUGGCAUUCAGAUGGCUCAACAAAUGAAAAUGCCAUCAUUAAGGCUACAGGUGGAGGGGCAUACAAGUUUGCAGACCUUUUUAAAGAAAGACUUGGAGUUAGCCUUGAUAAAGAAGAUGAAAUGGAUUGUCUUGUCGCUGGAGCAAAUUUUCUGCUAAAGGCAAUACGUCAUGAAGCUUUCACUCAUAUGGAGGGUAAAAAAGAGUUCGUGCAACUUGACCAUAAUGAAUUAUUUCCCUAUCUGCUUGUUAACAUUGGAUCUGGUGUCAGCAUGAUCAAGGUUGAUGGCGAUGGGAAAUUUCAGAGAGUUAGUGGGACAAAUGUUGGAGGGGGUACCUACUGGGGUUUAGGAAGGCUGUUAACAAAAUGUAAUAGCUUUGAUGAGUUGUUAGAGCUUACUCAAAAGGGAGAUAAUAGCACAAUUGACAUGCUUGUUGGGGACAUAUAUGGUGGCAUGGAUUACUCUAAGAUUGGUCUUUCUGCGUCAACAAUUGCAUCAAGUUUUGGCAAGACCAUCUCAGAGAGCAAGGAGCUUGAGGACUACAGACCAGAAGAUAUCUCAUUGUCUCUCUUGCGAAUGAUCUCAUAUAAUAUUGGUCAGAUAUCGUACUUGAAUGCUCUACGGUUUGGACUUAAGAGAAUCUUUUUUGGAGGAUUCUUUAUCAGGGGACAUGCAUAUACCAUGGAUACAAUUUCCUUUGCGGUCCACUUUUGGUCAAAAGGAGAAGCACAAGCAAUGUUUUUGCGUCAUGAAGGGUUCUUGGGUGCAUUAGGUGCAUUCAUGAGCUAUGAAAAGCAUGGUCUCGAUUAUCUAUUGGCCCAUCAGUUAGUUGAAAGGUUUCCUAUGGGUGCACCAUAUACAGGAGGGAGAGUUCAUGGGCCUCCACUUGGUGAUUUGAAUGAAAAGAUUUCUUGGAUGGAGAAAUUUGUGCAGAAGGGAACUGAAAUAACUGCGCCUGUUCCUAUGGCUCCCCCUGGAACAACUGGACUUGGAGGCUUUGAAGUCCCUUUAUCCAAAGGAGGGACCCUGCGAUCUGAUGCAAGUGCCCUAAACGUUGGUGUUCUCCAUCUAGUACCCAAUUUGGAGGUGUUCCCUCUGUUGGCUGAUCCAAAAACAUAUGAACCUAACACUAUUGAUCUCUCUGAUCACCGUGAGUUGGAGUACUGGUUCACCGUGCUUUCAGAUCAUUUACCAGAUCUUGUGGAUAAGGCUGUUGCAAGCGAAGGUGGAACUGAUGAUGCCAAGAGAAGGGGUGAUGCAUUUGCUCGGGCAUUUUCGGCCCACUUGAGGAGGUUGAUGGAGGAACCUACAGCAUAUGGAAAAUUGGGUUUGGCUAAUCUACUGGAACUGAGGGAAGAGUGCUUGAGGGAGUUCCAAUUUUUUGAUGCCUAUAGAAGCAUAAAACAGAGGGAGAAUGAGGCAUCACUUGCUGUUUUACCUGACCUGCUGUUGGAACUUGAUAGUAUGAAUGAGGAAGCAAGACUUCUGACCCUAAUUGAAGGUGUUCUUGCUGCAAACAUUUUUGAUUGGGGCUCUCGUGCCUGUGUCGAUCUCUAUCACAAGGGGACAAUAAUCGAGAUUUACAAAAUGAGUCGCAAUAAGAUGCAGAGGCCGUGGCGGGUCGAUGAUUUUGAUGCCUUCAGAGAAAGAAUGUUAGGAUCUGGGGAUAAGAAACCCAUUCCUCAUAAAAGAGCUCUUCUCUUUGUGGACAACUCAGGUGCUGAUGUUGUUCUAGGGAUGCUUCCCCUGGCGAGGGAACUCCUCCGACGUGGAACUGAAGUUGUUUUAGUUGGAAACUCCCUUCCUGCCAUAAAUGAUGUAACCGCAAUGGAGCUUCCUGAUAUAGUAGUUGAGGCUGCCAAGCACUGUGACAUACUACGUAGAGCUGCCGAAGCGGGCGGAUUGAUUGUGGAUGCCAUGGUUAACUCUGCGGAUGGUUCUAAAGAGCGUUCAUCAUCUGUUCCCUUGAUGGUUGUCGAAAAUGGCUGUGGUAGUCCAUGUAUAGAUCUAAGGCAGGUCAGCUCUGAGCUGGCUGCUGCUGCAAAAGAUGCUGAUUUGGUUAUCUUGGAAGGAAUGGGGAGGGCCCUUCAUACCAACUUAAACGCCCAAUUUAAAUGUGAUGCUUUAAAGCUUGCCAUGGUGAAAAAUCAAAGGCUAGCAGAAAAAUUGUUCAAUGGAAAGAUAUAUGACUGUGUGUGCAAAUACGAGCCAUCACACUGAGAGCCCUUUUCCAUCUCCAAGCUAUCACUCUCAGUUUGUUCAUCAGAAUUUUUGAAAUAUUCUCCACCUUUUUUAUGCGAAUAUUUAGAACAAUACAUCAAAUUCAUAGCCUUAGGACCUCAUAUAUCUCUUACUAAAAAGAUUCUAAAGGUGGAGAUGUGAAGUUUAUGGAAUUUUCAAUGAUAUAGUAUCAAUGUAUUCAAGGUGUGUGUAUUGUAAUUGUCUAA